AUGGCCUCCGCGUGCGGAGCGCCGGGCCCGGGGGGCGCCGGGCCGGGAGCCGCUUUGGGCAGCCCGGCCCCCGCCUGGUACCACCGCGACCUGAGCCGCGCCGCCGCCGAGGAGCUGCUGGCCCGGGCAGGCCGCGAUGGCAGCUUCCUGGUCCGAGACAGCGAGAGCGUGGCGGGAGCCUUUGCUCUCUGCGUCCUGUAUCAGAAGCAUGUGCAUACGUACCGGAUUCUACCUGACGGAGAAGAUUUCCUGGCUGUGCAGACCUCGCAGGGUGUGCCGGUGAGGCGCUUUCAGACCCUGGGGGAGCUCAUCAGCCUGUAUGCCCAGCCCAACCAGGGCCUGGUAUGUGCCCUGCUGCUGCCUGUGGAGCGGGAGCGAGAGCCAGACCCACCGGACGACCGUGACGCCUCAGAUGGGGAGGACGAGAAGCCCCCACUGCCCCCGCGCUCUGGCUCUACCAGCAUUUCUGCCCCCCUGGGGCCCAGCAGCCCCCCACCAGCCCCUGAGACCCCCACAACUCCAGCUGCUGAGAGUGCUCCCAAUGGGCUGAGCACUGUCUCCCACGAGUACCUGAAAGGUAGCUACGGGCUGGACCUGGAGGCCGUGCGGGGCGGAGCCAGCAACCUGCCACACCUCACCCGCACCCUCGCCACCUCAUGCCGGAGGCUGCACAGUGAGGUGGACAAGGUCCUGUCAGGUCUGGAGAUCCUGUCCAAGGUGUUUGACCAGCAGAGCUCACCCAUGGUGACCCGCCUUUUGCAGCAGCAGAACCCACCACAGACCGGGGAGCAGGAAUUAGAGAGCCUGGUGCUGAAGCUGUCAGUGCUAAAGGACUUCCUGUCAGGCAUCCAGAAGAAGGCCCUGAAGGCCCUACAGGACAUGAGUUCCACAUCCCCUCCGGCCCCACUACAGCCAUCCACACGUAAGGCCAAGACCAUCCCCGUGCAGGCCUUUGAGGUGAAGCUGGAUGUGACCUUGGGUGACCUGACCAAGAUCGGGAAGUCACAGAAGUUCACGCUGAGUGUGGAUGUGGAGGGUGGGCGGCUGGUGCUGCUGCGAAGACAGCGGGACUCGCAGGAGGACUGGACAACCUUCACGCAUGACCGCAUCCGUCAGCUCAUUAAGUCCCAGCGGGUCCAGAACAAGCUGGGUGUCGUGUUUGAGAAGGAGAAGGACCGGACGCAGCGCAAGGACUUCAUCUUCGUCAGCGCCCGGAAGCGUGAGGCUUUCUGCCAGCUCCUGCAGCUCAUGAAGAACAAGCACUCCAAGCAGGACGAGCCUGACAUGAUCUCCAUCUUCAUAGGCACCUGGAACAUGGGAAGUGUGCCGCCUCCGAAAAAUGUGACAUCUUGGUUCACAUCAAAGGGUCUGGGGAAGACCCUGGAUGAGGUCACGGUGACCAUACCCCAUGACAUCUAUGUUUUUGGGACCCAGGAGAACUCAGUGGGUGACCGUGAGUGGCUGGACCUGCUCCGCGGGGGCCUCAAGGAGCUCACGGAUCUGGAUUACCGCCCGAUUGCUAUGCAGUCACUGUGGAACAUCAAGGUGGCUGUGCUGGUCAAGCCAGAGCAUGAGAACCGCAUCAGCCACGUCAGUACGUCCAGUGUGAAGACCGGCAUUGCCAACACCCUGGGAAACAAGGGGGCUGUGGGUGUCUCCUUCAUGUUCAAUGGCACCUCAUUUGGCUUUGUGAAUUGUCACCUCACCUCAGGAAAUGAGAAGACUGCCCGGCGGAACCAGAACUACCUGGACAUCCUGCGGCUACUCACGCUGGGCGAUCGGCAGCUCAGUGCCUUUGACAUAUCUCUGCGUUUCACUCACCUCUUCUGGUUCGGGGACCUCAACUACCGCCUGGACAUGGAUAUACAGGAGAUCCUGAACUACAUCAGCAGGAAGGAGUUUGAGCCCCUGCUCAGGGUGGACCAGCUCAACUUGGAGCGGGAAAAGCACAAGGUCUUCCUUCGAUUCAGUGAGGAGGAGAUCUCCUUCCCACCCACUUACCGCUAUGAGCGGGGUUCCCGGGACACGUAUGCCUGGCACAAGCAGAAGCCAACUGGGGUCCGGACCAAUGUGCCUUCAUGGUGUGACCGGAUUCUUUGGAAAUCCUAUCCCGAGACCCACAUCAUCUGCAACUCUUAUGGUUGCACGGAUGACAUUGUCACCAGCGACCACUCCCCUGUGUUUGGGACAUUUGAGGUUGGAGUUACCUCUCAGUUCAUCUCCAAGAAAGGGCUCUCAAAGACCUCAGACCAGGCCUACAUUGAGUUUGAGAGCAUUGAGGCCAUUGUGAAGACGGCCAGCCGCACCAAGUUCUUCAUCGAGUUCUACUCCACCUGUCUGGAGGAGUAUAAGAAGAGCUUUGAAAAUGAUGCCCAGAGCAGUGACAACAUCAACUUCCUCAAGGUGCAGUGGUCCUCACGCCAGCUGCCCACGCUCAACCCCAUUCUGGCUGACAUCGAGUACUUGCAAGACCAGCACCUCCUGCUCACAGUCAAGUCCAUGGACGGCUACGAAUCCUAUGGGGAGUGCGUGGUGGCGCUCAAGUCAAUGAUUGGCAGCACAGCCCAGCAGUUCCUGACCUUCCUGUCCCACCGCGGCGAGGAGACAGGCAACAUCCGUGGCUCCAUGAAGGUGCGGGUGCCCACAGAGCGCCUGGGCACCCGUGAGCGACUCUAUGAGUGGAUCAGCAUUGAUAAGGAUGAGGCAGGAGCAAAGAGCAAAGCCCCCUCUGUGUCCCGAGGCAGCCAGGAUCCCAGGUCAGGGAGCCGCAAGCCAGCCUCCACAGAGGCCUCCUGCCCACUGUCCAAGUUAUUUGAAGAACCAGAGAAGCCACCACCAACUGGGAGGCCCCCAGCCCCACCCCGAACUGCUCCCCGGGAGGAGCCCUUGACUCCCAGGUUGAAGCCAGAGGGGGCUCCAGAGCCGGAAGGGGUGGUGGCCCCCCCACCCAAGAACAGCUUCAAUAACCCUGCCUACUACGUCCUUGAAGGGGUACCACACCAGCUGCUGCCCCCGGAGCCACCCUCACCUGCCAGGGCUCCCAUCCCACCUGCCACCAAGAACAAAGUGGCCAUCACAGUGCCUGCCCCACAGCUUGGGCGCCACCGGCCUCCUCGUGCUGGGGAGGGGAGCUCAUCAGAUGAGGACUCUGGGGGCACACUACCCCCUCCAGACUUUCCACCACCACCACUGCCGGAUUCAGCCAUCUUCCUGCCCCCUAGUCUGGAUCCUCUGCCAGGGCCAGUGACCCGGGGCCGCAGUGGGGCUGAGGCCCGUGGCCCACCACCUCCCAAGGCCCAUCCAAGACCCCCACUCCCGCCAGGCCCUUCGCCCACCAGCGCUUUCCUGGGGGAGGUAGCCAGUGGGGAUGAUCGCUCCUGCUCAGUGCUACAGAUGGCCAAGACGCUGAGUGAGGUGGACUAUGCUCCUGCUGGGCCUGGCCGCUCCAUGCUCCUUCCAGGCCCCCUGGAGCUACAGCCACCCCGGGGGCUGCCCUCGGACUAUGGCCGGCCUCUCAGCUUCCCUCCACCUCGCAUCCGAGAGAGCAUCCAGGAGGACCUGGCAGAGGAGGCUCCGUGCCCGCAGGUCGGGCGGGCUGGUGGGCUGGGUGAGGCAGGCAUGGGAGCCUGGCUGAGGGCCAUCGGCUUGGAACGCUAUGAGGAGGGACUGGUGCACAAUGGCUGGGACGACCUGGAGUUUCUCAGCGACAUCACUGAAGAAGACCUGGAGGAAGCUGGGGUGCAAGACCCAGCUCACAAGCGCCUCCUUCUGGAUACCCUGCAGCUCAGCAAGUGA